UAUGUCACAAAAUAAAUGAAGCUCAACUAAAAAACAACCAACAAAGCUGGAAGACUAUCAGCGACCAAACCACUCGGCAGUUGACAACCAAGAAAACUCUUCCCAUACCCCUUUCUGUUGCAUAUAGAAAAGUCGCCUUGUCUUCUCCUUCGCUUAUUGGCAAGUCUGUUCAUUUUGUUUUGUUUUCAACAAAUAAUAAGCGAGCUCUUUGAUCUGAAAUCAAUGGAAGACUACGUCUUAAAUAUAAUAAUAUUGGGAGUGAUUUCAUGGACAACAGCAUUUCUGUUAAUCAGAAAGUUGUUGCCAAAUCGUUCUUUCGAGUUUUGCAAUCGCCUGGUUUCUACAAUCCAUGCCACUUUAGGUGUCACUUUAGCUUCUCUCUCUGUUCAAGACUGGAGGUGCCCUGUAUGUCCUUUGGCCUCGGAAUCUUCACCCAGACAGAUGCGAACACUAGCCAUAAGCGUUUCAUAUCUGAUAUAUGAUAUGAUAUGUUGCUUCUUCGAUAAGAAAUUCAAUUUGGAUAAUACGAUUCACCAUUUGGUUAGCAUUGUUGGAUUGGUAGCUGGCCUUGCCUAUCAAAAGUGUGGAUCGGAAAUGGUUGCAGCGCUGUGGAUAACAGAGAUCUCUAGCCCUUUCCUACACUUGAGGGAGGGUCUAAAGGAGCUUGGUUACAGGGACACUGAUUUUAAUUUGGCAGCCGAUAUCUUAUUUGCAGUUGUAUUUUCGUUAGCAAGGAUGGUAGGUGGCCCCUACCUAACUUACGUAACUCUUACAGCAAAGAAUCCAAUUAUUAUCAAGGCAAUGGCAUUAGGAUUACAGCUGGUGAGUGCUUUCUGGUUCUACAAGAUCGUCAGGAUGGUGAAGUACAAGUUAGCAAAAAAACCCAUAUCUAAGAAUAUGUUAUCCACUGAAAAACGGAGUUAGGCCAAUGUAGAAUUCAUGUGCAGAUGUUUGUGGAACAAAAAUCAUCUACCAAUAUCAAUUCAAAUUCCAUUGAACUCACUGUUUUCCAUUCCAAGGGAGGAUGAAAAGUAAAAUUCCCAUUGAAAUUUCUUAAAGAAAGGUAAAUACCUAUUUUAGUCUCCAA